AUGCAAUCACCAUUUAAGUUCAAAGAAUUUGAAUUCAAAGACUAUGAUGCAUCUUCAAAUUUUCCUCUUAGAGUUAGAAAACCAUGUCAUUUAGUUGAUGAAGAGUUUAUAGCCAAAUUUGAAAAAGGCAUAGCUCUCAUGAAAGCAUUACCUAAAGAUGAUCCACGUAGUUUCUAUCAACAAGCUAAAGUCCAUUGUGCUUAUUGUAAUGGUGCUUAUCAUCAACAAUACCCUUUUGAGAAUCUAAAAAUUGAUAUUCAUAGAUCAUGGUUCUUUUUUCCUUUCCACCGUUGGUACCUUUAUUUUUUUGAGAGAAUCUUAGGUAAUUUAAUUGGUGACCCAAAUUUUGCUCUACCCUUUUGGAGUUGGGAUACUAUAGAUGGCAUGCAAAUCCCACCCUAUUUCACACACAUGAAUUCUUCACUUUAUCAUAAACUAAGAGACAUGAACCACAUUUCACCACAUAUUGUAGAUCUUCAAUUCAUUGGAGAUGAGAAUUUUGUCUCUUCUCAAAAACAAAUUUCUCUCAACAUUGCUGCUAUGUAUAAACAAAUGGUUUUAGCUUCUACUAAAGAAUUAUUCAUGGGAAGUCCUCUUAGACAUGGAGAUGAGUCACAUCCAGGUAUUGGUUCAAUUGAAAAUGCACCUCAUAACACGGUCCACAAAUGGGUUGGUGCUGCUGAUACUCCAAAUCGUGAAGACAUGGGAACAUUCUAUACAGCUGCUAGAGAUCCUAUAUUUUAUCCUCAUCAUUCCAACAUAGAUAGAAUGUGGGUCAUAUGGAAAAAAUUGGGACAAGGAAGAAGAGACUAUAGUGAUGAUGAAGAUUGGUUAGAUUCUAGUUUUUUCUUCUACAAUGAAAAUGCAACUCUUGUUCGAGUUAAGGUAAGAGAUUGUCUUGAUACAAAAAAACUAGGUUAUGUUUAUCAAGAUGUUGAUCUUCCAUGGCUUAAUUUUCAACCUACAUCAAAAAGAAUGAGUAAGGAACAAAGAGAAGCUAAAAGAGCUAAAGUUUUGAGUUCAAAGGAGAGAGAGAAUUUUCCUAUAGUUUUGGAUUCAAUAAAAAGUGUCAUUGUGAAGAGGCCUAGGAAGUUGAGGAGUGAGUUGGAGAAAGAGAAUGAGGAAGAGGUUUUGGUGAUGGAAGGGAUUGAAUUUGAAAGUGAUCAAUAUAUAAAAUUUGAUGUUCAUGUUAAUGAUGAUGAAGAUAAGUUGAGUGAACAUGAUGAAACUGAAUUUGUGGGAAGUUUUGUUAGUUUGGAGAAUGGUCAUAAGAGUAGAAGAAUAAGUACAUGUUUUAAGGUAGGGGUGUCAAAAGUAUUGGAGAAUUUGGAAGGUGAUGAAGAUGAUGAUGUUGUGGUUACUUUGGUGCCUAAGGGAGGUAUAGGUGAGGUUAUUAUAGGGAAUAUCAUGAUUGAGUUUUUACCUAAGGACUAG